UCCGACGAGAGAAGAGGAGAGAAGAGAAGAGACAGCCAUGGCCAAGCUGAGCCGCUCCGCCUCCCUCUCCCCCCGACUCUGCCGCUCCUCCACCACCUUCACCUUCAGACCCUCGCCCUCGACGCACGCCGCGGCCUCUCCCCCAACCCAACGCCGCCUCCUCGUCCUCCGCCGCGCCACCUCUGACGCCGACCUCGCCAGAUCCACAACAGCAACGACGUCGCCGCAGCUGCUCCGUGACAUCCUGGAGGAGGACGUGGUGGACGGCUCCGGCCGCGGCAAGGGCAGCGACAGGUCCGGAGGCGGGAGCGGAGGCGGUGGCGGCGGCGGGCACAUGAUGGACAUGGGGGAGUACUACCGGCGCGUGCUGAGGGUGGAGCCAGAGAACCCGCUGGUGCUGCGCAACUACGGCAGGUACCUGCAGGAGGUGGAGGGCGACCUGGGCGGCGCGGAGGAGUGCUACGCGCGGGCGCUGCUUGCCUGCCCCGACGACGGCGACCUGCUCAGCCUCUACGGCCAGGUGCUGUGGGAGGCGCGCCAUGACAAGGACCGCGCCGCCGCCUACCUGGAGCGCGCCGUCCACGCCGCCCCUCAUGACUGCUAUGUGCUGGGAUCGUACGCGAGCUUCCUGUGGGACGCCGAGGAGGAGGAGGAGGAGGAAGAGCCGGCAGUGGCAGUGGCAGGUAGCUAAGGCCAAGAUGAGAUCGAUCGAAUUAAGGUGGCAUCAUAUGUACAACCUGCAAGAUCGACGGACUCCAUCGAUCGAUAGAUGUCCAUGAAUCCCCGUGAUCGACUGACUGCCGCUGCUGAAACUCAUGAAUGAAUUGGAUGGAAUCCCGUGGGCCGGCGCGCGACGCGAACGGACACUGCACGCAAACGCCGCUUGAUCAAUCAAUGAAUAAUUAUAAUUAAUUAAAGAGAUACCCAUAUGCAGUGGAGGAGAUGAGGAUGAACCGAGAUGAGACGACACACUCUCAAGGAGCGGAGUAGUACAAUAAUUCCUCCGCUCGGCUAAUACUCCUAUGUUGUAGUGGCCACUAAAAUUGUGUAUAUUGUUGGGCUUCUUCGCUAGUUUUGUUUAUUGUUUGUAUGCAUUUCGCAUUGCCUCCUUGUGUUGGGCUUCGGAAUAGACCUUUUUCCUUUCCUUUGGACAAAAUUUGUUCAUGGCUACCAUGUGGAUGUGAGUGCGUCGUUCGGCCCGCCUAACUACGUGAUGAUUAAUUAAUUAAUCAUAUGGGCCGUGUCCCCUCUCGAAUAAGCC